CGGCGCAUCCACACCGUAACCUCGUAUCUAAAAAUGGAUAUACUAUAGACACUUGUAAACUAUUUAAACAUGAACAUGUGCCCUGGUUAGAGGAGCAUACUUCAAGCUUCCAGCCAGCAGCACUUACACAUUUACAUCUACCAACUACCACCAAACUACUUGAAGAAUAAAAAUGCCUUCCUACGUGGUAACCGGUGCAUCUCGAGGACUCGGCUUCGAGUUCUUACGCCAGCUCUCUGAGGAUCCAGCAGCAAUUGUUAUCGGACUUGUUCGUAACAAAGACGCCACCGAGAAAAAAGUGUCUUCUGAGAUCGGACGCUCCAACAUCCAUAUUCUACACGGAGAUUUGGAAGAUUAUAAAUCCUUGAAGAAAGCGGCGGAAGACACCGCCAAGAUCACCGGAGGCAGCGUGGACUACAUCAUCGCCAAUGGCGCUUAUCUUUCCGAAAGCUCGGCCUACUUGACGCUGACCGACUUGGGCGAAAAUCCUGAGAAUCUAGAGGAGGAGUUUACUAGGGCCUUCAAAACAAACGUAAUUGGAAAUGUCCACCUCUUCAACUUAUUUCUGCCCUUGGUCCGAAAGGGAGAAGCCAAAAAGGUUAUUUCGAUCUCGACUGGUAUUUCCGACUACGACUUGGUGAGGGAGAUAGAGUUUGAUAUGUCCGGGCCAUAUACGACGAGCAAGGCAGCUCUCAACCUCGCGGUCGCCGAGUUCAACGGUCAAUUUCGCAGCGAAGGAAUUCUAUUCUUCAGUAUCUCGCCUGGUGUUGUUGCGACGGAUGGACAAACUAACUCGACCAAAAAUCUCUCUGAAAGGGAGCUUCAAAGCGCCCAAAAGAUGUUCGGCAAGUUCGCCAAAUAUGCUCCUCACUUUAAGGGCCCAAUCACUCCAGAAGAGUCCGUCAAGAGCGUUCUAAGUGUUAUCUACAAUGCAAGCCUUGAGCGUGGAGAUGGGGGGUCAUUUGUAUCCCAUUUGGGCACCAGGCAAUGGCUUUAAACAGUAGCAUAGAUAGGUGGUAUGUUGGUUUAAGCACAGCGAGUAGCUAGAACCUUUGGAAAGGUCUCGGUUAGAUUGAAAUUUAGGAACAUAUCCUCCUCUC